CGCCCGCCGCGCGCCAUGGAGCCGACCGAGGUGCUGAAGCCGCGGACGCUGGCCGAGCUCAUCCGCGUCCUGCACGAGCUCUUCGCGGGCGACGAGGUCAACGUGGAGGAGGUGCAGGCCGUCCUGGAAGCCUACGAGAGCGACCCCGCCGAGUGGGCGCUCUACGCCAAGUUCGACCAGUACAGGUAUACUCGAAAUCUUGUGGAUCAAGGAAAUGGGAAAUUUAACCUGAUGAUUCUAUGCUGGGGAGAAGGACAUGGCAGCAGUAUCCAUGACCACACGGACUCCCACUGCUUUCUGAAGAUGCUCCAGGGAGACCUAAAGGAGACAUUAUUUGCCUGGCCUGACAAAAAAUCCAAUGAGAUGACCAAGAAGUCUGAAAGGACCUUGAGGGAGAACCAGUGUGCUUACAUUAACGAUUCUAUUGGGUUACAUCGAGUAGAGAAUGUCAGUCACACAGAGCCUGCCGUGAGCCUUCACUUGUACAGCCCACCUUUUGACACAUGCCAUGCCUUUGAUCAGAGAACAGGGCAUAAAAACAGAGUCACCAUGACAUUCCACAGCAAAUUUGGAGUCAGGACUCCAUUUCCAACUUCAGGUUCACUGGAGAACAACUAAGGCGAACCGAACCCAGCUCGGAUUUGGUUUCAAGUCUGCAGAAUGUUUGCCUUGGACGGAAAGGCUGCCGGCCACUUGCUGUGCAGUAGCAGCUCGAACCAGCCCCCUACUUAGACCUGCUGCCCGGCCGAUGCUAACGCUAAGCAUGAGUAAGCGAACAGCCGCGCUCCGAGCUCCUUGGAAGAAAAAUACCAUUAAAGAGAAAAUCUUGUGAUUUUUUUUUUUUUUUUUAAGGCUAAAUCAAAUUCCCUUUUUAUUCUGUCCUCUAAUUCCAUUGAAACGACACUGGCUGUUCAAUUGGGUUUGGGUGGAGGGCGGGGGGUAAAGCCAUUGGAAACACUUUGAUCUCCGAGCUAUAAUUAUCAAUAAGUAAAAACAAGACACUACAAACUAUCAAAUGCUUGUUUUGUUACCUAGAGAACUAAAGGUAGAAAUUUUUAAUAUACUUUGUAUGUUCUUUGAAGAGAAAUUUUUGCAUCUGUGGAUUUUAUUUUUUCAAUCCCACUUUACAAAUUCCUAGGCUAUGGAAAAUAGAGAAGCGUGGGGUGGAUAUAUGGCUAAGCAGUUAAAAGCACUUGCUUGCAAAGCCUGCCACUGCCAACCUGGGUUUGAUUGCCCAGUACCCAUGUAAAAUGCACAAAGUGGCACAUGCAUCUGGGGUUAAUUUGCUGGAAAAUAGAGAAGCUUAAAGUAGUUUGUCACUUGAUAAUGAAGGGCAGAGGGUUAAGAAAUGUGCGUAUACCCAAACCUCCUACCAACCAAAACGUAAACUCACAUCUAAUGUGUCUCAUGAUCAUAGGCAAAGAUUUUGUACUACUGCCAAAAUUGCCAAAUAACUUUAAUAAAACUGGAUUUUAGCAAAA